UUAAAAGUUCUCAGGAAGUAGUUUGAUAGAGCUCGAAACUCAUCCCGAACUUUAACAGUAAGAGUUCAUAACUCUUCUUAAAUUAGUCUGACAGGCUUUUAAGUGUGUGAAAUAAUGCAGAGCACUGCUUAUGGUGCCUCUCUGGCCGGGGGGGCCUUUGAUUUUGAAAGCUAUGUGAAGAAGCCGCAGACUGCGCUGCGCGUCCUGAGCUGGGUAUUUUCCAUUGUGGUUUUUGCGAGCAUUACAGCUGAAGGCUACACUAAUCCACAGGAACACAGUGAUCCCCGUUGCAUGUUCAACGACAAUGACACUGCGUGCAGCUAUGCAGUGGGAAUCGGAAUCCUGGCGUUCUUGGGUUGUGUCGUCUUCCUGCUACUAGAUGCCUACUUCCCAAACAUCAGCAGUGCCAAGGAUAGGAAAUACAUCGUCAUUGGAGAUCUCGCCUUCUCAGCAACUUGGAUGUUCCUUUGGUUCAUCUGCUUCUGUGUCCUGGCCAACCAGUGGUCCAAAACCACGGCCCAAUAUAUCAGGGCUGACGCUGCCAGGGCCGUGAUCGCCUUCUCCUUCUUCUCAAUCGUCACCUGGUUUCUUUUGUCCUACUUUGCAUUUGCAAGAUAUCGCGAAGGACUGAGCGAGUUUAACCAGGAUUACAGCGACCCCGUCCACGACCACACUUCUCCGUACCCUCCUGCCCAAUCGAGCUACCAGCAAGAAAGUUUUCCCAGCAGCCAGGGGCAGCAGGGAGAGUAUCAACCUCCAACUUACUGAAGGGCUGAGAUUUACGUGCAUGACUCCUAAUGGGAGGGGGUUCUUCUUAAAAACAAAAAACAUGUACCAGUGGUUUUGUUUAAAAUCAGGGCUGUCCUCAGCACUCCCUUUUUCUUACAUAUUUUUGGGCACUGACUUUUAGUUUGCUGCAUUGUAAUUGUUCGUUGUUCAAUGGAUGUUUUGUUGCGAUGUUUGACAAAAAUGAAAUCGGCGGAGGUUUCUUUUAUUUUUUUUUUUUUCCUCUAAGAGAAAGGAUGAUGCCAAAGUUUGUCGUUCUACCAAAACACCUGUCAUAGUUUCAGAGCUCCCUUUGUUUCAAGUUUGUGUACAAUUAAUUCAUUGUAUGAGCAACUGGUUAGAAUGAAUUGUGCCUUGAGAAAUAAAUUUUUUGAAAAGAUAGACAAGUCAGGUUUUCCUUUGAAUGUGUUCGUGUCCCAUACACUAUUUUGGUAUUCUGAUGUUAAUGUGCAGCUGUUCCACAACCAUAAGUUAUCAGUUUAGUUUAGCAAAUGUUGUUUAAUCAAACAGUAAAUGCACAGAAUAUAAUCAAUAGGUUUCAUUUCGAAUAUUUCUUCUCAAACUACUGUAUUUUCUUUUCUUUUUUUCUGUUAAACAAUCAACCACUGAAAAGCUUAAAUGUUAAAAAACGAUUAUUUUUUUUUUGCACUUUAAGUGAUCUUUCUUCAGCUUCGGAGUAUUUUUUUAUGACUGUAUUCUUUGGAUGUUGAUUGUUUUUUAUUUUGCCCAAAGCUGGUAGGUGGGCAUGUUCUUAGUUUAGAUUAGCAAUUUUUAGCAGAUAUUUCAGACAAUUUUUUUUUUUUUUUUUGUGUGUGAAAAUUUGAAGAUAUAUUUACUAUCUUAUCCAAUCCUGUUUAAAAACAGGUACAUGACAAUCAGAUCACUUUUGUGUUUUAGUCACAUCACAUUCUCCUCUUGAUUGUUUCUUGAUUCUUCAACAUUUCCACGGUUUUUAUUCAAGUAAAUUGUUCAAGUGCCUUAUACAGUGUUCUCUAUCAGAUGGAGUUUGCCAAAUAAAACAAUUGUUCCUGGUUCUCUUGGCCAACCCAGCCCGUAA